AUUUUUGAACAAGGUUAAUAGAUAAGAGCUCUUCUGGUUCAUUUUGUGGUGAAUUUUUUGCAUUCGUAGAAAUAUACGUAACGGCCGUUUUGUGAUAAAUCAAGUGUGAUCUGUUUUGCAUAUUCAGUCAAUAUAGUCAACUCUAAAUAACUAAACUGUCGAAUAACUGAACUUUCGACCCGAAUCGAACUCUUCAAAAAUCUGCAAGAAACAACGAUUUUAUAACUUUUAUGACACAAUACCGCUUGUUUCUAUUGUUAGCCGUAUUCACACCUUCAGCUCAAGGAAAAGCAGUUAACUGCGCAAAGAAUCACAAGAGUUCUUGUCCCCAAAGUACUUUCACCACGGUCCAGGAGGGCGACCUAUGGAAGUGUCCGAACGGCUGGCUCAAGACCAAUUUUACGUCAGAAAGAUGGGAUUUUACUCUGAAUCCGGUGGACACAAGUAACUUAACUGCCGAAGUCACGUUUGAGAAUAACAUCACAUCAAUAAACCUGUGCUCCGUUACACCAAAGAAAGCUGACAACAAGAAUAAUCAGUGGCCCAGUGGAGGGUACUGUGUUCCAUCACCCACCAACAAAAAAUGCCCCUCGGACAUGGUUCGUGUAAACGCUACUGUCACAGCUGAUGGAAGAUAUUUCAAAUGUUCAGACGCAAAGCCCUCGCCCAUGUCUAAGUGUGGAAAUGGAACGUUUGAUAUCAACGCUUGUUGUCCAAAGAAUAUGUCCACCACGGAAAACUACCUCGACGUGCCCAUGUACGACAUUGCAGCUUUUUAUCUCCUCAAAACAAAUUCCUCCUGUCCCCAGCUAUACUCUUUCAUAUCCUCCGAGGAAUCUGUCUUCAUUGACCGAGCUAACAUAUCUCAAGGUCCGGGAGAAUAUUUCGCCAACACUACCAACGGAACUUUGAAGAUUACGUUCUGCAGAUACGCAAAUGUUAAGUGCCAAAAGAAUGCAGUGGAGGAGCCGUUUGAACAAUAUUUGUUAGAAGAUGCAUGUGGGCGGUUCGAAACUCCGGGUUGUAAAGGAGCAAACAAAGUUCAACCAGGCAAUAAAGAUGGCACCUUCGAUAGAUACUGUCUGCCGAAUGGAAACUACUUCUCUGAAUCUUUUUGUGGAGCUCAAUGCCCAGCUCCACCGUCAAUUAAAAACGGCACCAUCAGCCCCAAUACCAAUUCUAGUUUGGUGGAAGUUACCGUACAGUGUAAUGAUGGGUGUUAUGUUGAGGGUCCCAGUUCAUCUACAUGUCAGAGAAACGGAACCUGGAGUGUUAACUUGGCCAACAGUUCCUGCAAAUACGCUGAGUGCAAGAAAUCUGAUCUGCCGCAGAAGGGCGUCACCAAAUGGAAAUCUGACGCCACUAGCAGUCCAUUCGUUUACGGUCACAACGUAACAUUCUUCUGUGACAGGGCUGGACCUACGUCGUGCUACUAUUUGGGAGUUUUAGCAAAGAACGUAUCAGCAACCUGUCAAGCAAACGGAACAUGGAACUACGUGCCAAAAUGCAAAGUGGGAAGAAACUGUGUAGUACCGGGGAACACGACCACAGCCACACACUUGAACAGUAAAACUAAACUGAGGUGUGAGAGCACGGUGGAGUAUACCUGUAACCCUCACAGACUUAGUCUCGCAGAUAAGAUGACGUUGACAUGUCGAUCUGACGGGACAUUUGACGUGGAUCCUCCUAACUGCACGACAGUUUACUGUGACAAUCCUGCUCUGAAUAUCACUCACGGCGAGGUGGAGCACAUAGCUGAGAACGGGACCGUAGCAGGGAAGUUUCUAGAAAAGGACAUUCUGAGGUACGACUGUGAUCCCAUGUACAGGUUGGUGGGUGACGAGGUGAUUGCAUGCGGUGAUGAUGGGAGUUGGAACGGAACUACUGAUUCCCACUGUGAACUGAUUGUGUGCCCGAUGGCACCUCUGAAGAUCCCGCAUGGUGCCCGUAUAGACGGUAUCCAGAACCAGACUGUAUACCACCUGGGAGACGAGGUGGAAUACCAGUGUGAACAGGGUGAUGAAUACAACCUGAACUACUCUGAUCCUAUAUCCUGCACUAACGAUGGAACGUGGAAUCCUUACAUUCCUUCUUGUAACCUAGUAUCGUGCGACCAGCCACCGACAGUGUUUCACAGUAUAACAGAACCGGGACCCUUCCCACUACACAGCAACUACAGUUACACUUGUGAGAAGGGUUACAAGGUAUCUGCGGAGAGUGGGGUUCUGACUUGUGAGAUUAAAGAUGGGGUUUUGGGGUGGCAGGGGACACCGCCUACUUGUAGUCUUGUACAAUGUGGAGAACUCCCAGAAAUGACGAACGGUAACUACACCACUGAAGUAAACAAAUCAGUCACCCUGUACCCCUACAACACUCAAUAUCAGUACACUUGCGAGGAGGGGUACAACGCUACUCUUAUCUACUCUACUAACUGCAGUGAUACUGGUGACUGGGCCCCUGCUCCUGGAUGUCUUCCGGUUCAGUGCAGGAGACCAGAUGUUGCUUACGUGCAAGUUAACGACUCCAGACCUUUGUUUGACUACCACAAUGUCGUCAAUAUCAGAUGUGAUACUAGUAGAGUCUUCCAGCCUCCACAGGACCUUCUUUGUGCCGAAGAUGGAAUAUGGAAAGUGAUAACUGAUUCUGAAAACAAAGAGAUUAUAUCCUGUCAUGAGCCAGUACACAGCCACGAGAACAAGUGGACGUUUGUUGGGGUGGGAGGAGCAAUGUUCCUGGUUCUGGUACUCCUCCUCAUUGUGUUCGUGAUCAAGAAGAAAAGGAGAGAUAACAUGAUGCCAUCUCCUUACCACGACAAACAACGAUUCUCGGUGAAUCCAGCUUACAGAUCAGAUGAAAAUGAGCUGACAGGCUUCAAUAAUCCAACAUACGAGGAUAACGAACCAGAAUCGUUCCGGAUUGACAGAACAGCGUCAAAAGGCAGCCGUCUGGUGCUGAGAGCUGAGAACGCUAACGAACCUCAACAGUACGAUACCCUGAGAGGGAUACGAUCUGGAGGUGGAGGGUCGGUUAUCGAGGAACCUGUUGAGGGAACCUACAAUACUCUCAGUCAGUUGAAAGACCAAGAAUUAAUAUGUGAAGAAGAGGAAGACGACCCAGAAGAUCUGUACAACGUCCCAGUUCGGAAUAACACUACAACGGCAAAGAACCACUACUCAUCCGACCCCUCGUCACCAUUCCAAGAUAUAACUGUUGACUCAGAUGAUUACGGGGAUGAAGAAGAUGUUUACAAUGUCCCAACUUUGGGCAGGGGGGUAGGAAUGGUGGAGGUUAAUGACCUGUAUAACAGUGUGGAAGCUGCUCAGAUAUGUGGAACACCCUUAGAAACUGACUUUGACAAUAUCAUCUAUGAUAAUAUCUGAUGACAUAACAUGGAAUAUUAUUGCAGGAGAUUGGGAUUAUUCCAUUUAUUAUACUACUUACUUCAGAUAUCAGUUCCUGGACAAAUUUGAAUUAUAUUUAGAGAUUUAGUUUAAGAUUAUAUUUUAGACUUCAGUACAAGUUUUUACCUGAAUUUUUUGUCUCAAUGUGACGAACGUUUCGAUUUUGUUUGUUUUUAUGUUUGAAUGUUUGUCAGGGUAUGAUAAUCCGGAUAUUUGUGCUAAUUUGUAAUCUCUGUGAGAGACUGAAUACCGAUAUCCUUUAUUUAAUCAGACCCCACGGCAAAGUGAAAGUUAAAGUGAAAUGUUAA